AUGCCGCUUUCUACUGAAUCAGCUGCCUCCUCAUCGCCCGCUUUUAACACAUCUAACAAUGACUUUGAUAUAAUUGACGACACUGCAUCUGACCUCGAUGAUCUUCCCAUCGAUACACACACCUCUCAAGAAACAACCCGGCCGGAAUCUCAUCAGGGUAUAUCUUCAACAUCUUCCUUUUCAUUUUCGAACAUCGCAAAUACUCUCCGAAAAUUUCACCUACCAACAACUCAAGGAGAUCACUCUCCCGACUAUUAUGACGACAAUGAUUUUUCAUACUCUGAAAACAACAGAAAUUUUUCGUACGACGACAUGUCUGCCAUUGACUGGCAGUAUGAGUACGCAAAAGAACGCAUCCGCCGAGAACGUGUAGAACAUCUCCCAGGUUUAUAUGGCAAAUUGGUCUGGUUUCUGGAUGUUAGUCAUGUCUGGCUUGUAUUGCUAGGAACAGGCUCUUUUGCUGCUCUGGUAGCCGCUUUUAUCGACAUUGUAUCUCGCUGGCUUGCGGACGUCAAGUUUGGGUAUUGUUCAGAUGCAUUUUAUCUUCCUCGCGACUUUUGCUGCUCGGGUAUCGACCUAACAGACGAGUGUCCUAAAUGGAUUACAUGGGAGCGUGCGUUCCAUGUUGAGAACCAUAUCGUUGGCAGUUUUGCCAUGUCUUACAUUUUUUACAUAAUUUAUUCUAUCGUUUUUGCAACUUCGGCAUGUUUUCUUGUUCUCUCAUAUUCACCCCAUUCGAGAUUUAGUGGUGUUGCCGAAAUAAAAACCAUUUUAUCGGGGUUUGUCAUUCGCGGGAUGCUCGGUUUCAAAACCCUUUUAUUCAAAUCAAUCGGCCUUAUUCUCGUGGUUGGAGCGGGUCUUUGGGUUGGGAAAGAAGGCCCCUUAGUUCACGUUUCUUGUUGUUGCGCCAAUAUAGUUAUGGCACUGUUCCCGCAGCUUUAUCACAACGAAGCCAAGAAGCGUGAAAUUUUUGUGGCCGCCGCAUCUGCCGGAAUUUCCGUGGCUUUUGGAUCUCCAAUUGGUGGCGUGCUAUUUUCUCUAGAACAACUUUCUUAUUACUUCCCGGAACGAACCCUAUGGACAUCAUUUGUUGCAGCCAUGGUUGCUGCUGUCACGCUCCAAUUUAUCAAUCCUUUUCGUUCAGGCAACCUUGUUCUUUUCCAGGUAGUGUACGAUCGGCUAUGGCAUCGAUUUGAGUUGGUUCCAUUUGCACUUAUUGGAAUUAUUGGUGGCCUUUAUGGCGCCUUAUUCAAUAGCUUAAACAUUAAGAUUGCAACAUGGCGCCGUAAACAAUCAUUUUUCGCAAGAUACCCAGUUAUCGAAGUUAUGCUCGUUGCUCUCGUCACUGGUAUAGUGACAUAUCCCAGUGUUUUUACGCGCAUCCCCUCAUCUUUAUCUUUAUCAUAUUUAUUUCAAGAGUGCUCUCAUAGUGACUUAGGCCAUCUAUGUGACGUUGAUUAUUGGAUCUCAGACUACUUUGUUCUUACCGGAGCUGGUAUUCAAGGGUUUUUCUUAACUGCUUAUACAUUUGGCAUGAACAUUCCCGCAGGAAUUAUUAUGCCAUCUAUGCUUAAUGGUGCUCUUAUUGGGCGCGCUAUUGGAAUCUUGGUUAGCACUCUGCACAUUCGUCACCCUGACUUUUUCCUUUUUGAAGCGUGUCCUCCAGAUGGCCCAUGUAUUACACCAGGUGUUUAUGCGCUUGUUGGUGCUGCAUCAACUCUUUGUGGUGUGACACAUUUAACAGUUUCGACAGUCGUCAUCAUGUUUGAGCUUACAGGUGCACUGACAUAUGUUAUUCCCAUUAUGACCGGUGUAAUGGUGUCCAAAUGGGUUUCAGAUUCUUUUAAUCACAAGGGAAUUUACGAGAGUUGGAUCCAGUUCAUGGAGUAUCCUUUCUUAGACAACCACGACGACCAACCUAUUCCAGACGUGACUGUGGAAAACGUCAUGACAAAAGUCGAAGACCUGACUAUAAUUCCGGCUAAUGGAACAGCAACACUCGGCAUGCUUCGCGAGAUGCUUUCCUCAACACAAACACGGGGGUUCCCCAUUACAAAAUCAACUUCGAAUAUGACACUUGUGGGAUACAUUAUGCGCUCGGAGUUACAAAAAGCCCUGGAUAGUGUGGGAGAACAUGCUGCACCAAACACACAAUGUAGUUUUAUGCCACCAUCGCAGCGUAACAAAAGACCAUACCAAGAUGCGUCGCCAGCGUCUAUGGUUGCACACGAUUCGGAAUAUUCUCACACAAUCGAUUAUGAUGGUACGUUAGCGGAUGUGUCAUCGGCAGUUCCUCUAUAUCAAUUUGCAGAACUGCGCCCAAUCACACUUUCGUGGGAAAGCAGUCUGCAGUUGGCGGUAUCCAUGUUUGAGAAACUGGGUCUACGAUUCAUUUUAUUCACCUAUAAGGGCGAGCUCAAGGGCCUGUUGACACGCAAGGACGUAUGGCAGCUGCUCAAGAUGUUUGACACAGACGAACAUAGCCUAGAAAUGCUUGAUGAUGAAGAUAGUAACGGCGCGCAGGGACACAGGGCAGCGCGUGCACGUUUGCUCAAUGCCAUGCAGGAUUCACUGCACAGGACAGAUGAAGAUCAUGGAUUAUUGUCGGACGAUGAAAUUAGUACGGAUGACGAAUUUUUACAUCGGUAA